ACCUUCACCAAUCCACACAGCAUGAUCAUUCCAGUUCGCUGCUUCUCGUGUGGUAAAGUCAUUGGCAACAAAUGGGACAACUAUUUGUCACUUCUUCAAGCCGACUACACAGAAGGUGAAGCGUUGGAUGCGCUUGGUCUUAAGCGUUAUUGCUGCCGACGAAUGGUUUUGACUCAUGUUGAUUUGAUCGAGAAGCUUCUUCAUUACAAUCCUCUCGAACGCAACCGUGGUAUUGAUCGACGUUAAUUCCCAGACAUCAAGUGCACACACCAUUCCUUCCUUCACGUUUUUAAUCAACCUACACUCCAUCAUUUUGUAAAUGAAAUAUAUACUUUUCUUCUUUUGAAAAAUCGCAAAGUGCCUGCCUUGUUUUAUUUUAGUGGGAAGGGUGAGUUUACCAACUACUACAGUAACCUCAAGUAUUUGUACAUCAUGCUUGUAAAUCGAUUAGUUGGGUGAUGAAAACGCAAAAGAUAGGGUUCAACAUAGAAGCUGCACCUCCGUGGUAUGGUUAAUUUUUGAAAGAAACGUAU